AUGGCAGUCUCGAUAUCGCAGCUAUCGUUCGAGCACCACCGCGAAGCGUUGGGAAUUGCGGAGUCCAAACCUCGCAUCUCUUGGCGAUUCGAGGGUGUUGCACCGAACUGGACACAGUCCGGUUAUGAUAUUGAGAUACUACGAAACGGCGUGCCACAGGUUUUCUCUGUUGACUCGUCCGACUCCAUUCUCGUCCCAUGGCCAGACACUGCUCUGGAGACAGCCGAGGAGGCUAGAGUCCGGGCACGAGCCCAUGGAAAUCAGGACCAAGCUUCUACGCCAUGGUCUGACUGGGCGUCAGUCGAGCCGGGGCUAUUGAACGAGACGGACUGGGGUAGCGCAAUCCCAAUUGCUGCUGACCGCGAGACUGAAGUGAACGGACCUAAGCGUCCGAUAUACUUUAGAAAGUCAUUUGCGGUGGACAAAGAAAUCGAAUCUGCAAGGUUGUAUAUCACCGCACUAGGGGUCUAUGAGGCUGAGAUCAACGGACAAACAGUGGGCGACCGCGUUAUGGCACCCGGGUGGCAAUCAUACAAUAAUCGACAUGUCUACGAUACCUAUGAUGUGACCGACCUUAUCAAGCAAGGCAACAACGGAAUCGGCGCUACCGUCGCAGAGGGCUGGUUCUCUGGCAUGCUUAGCUUUGGUAACCAGUAUAGGAAUAACUACGGAGACACAAUCGGUCUUCUUUCCUUGCUUGUUGUUAUGCUGGAAAAUGGUACCAAACUCGAGAUCCCGACCGAUGCAUCUUGGCAGGCAAAUACCGGUCCCACAGUGUCUUCUGAAAUUUAUAACGGGGAGACCUACGACUCACGGCUUGAGGCCCGGAUUGCUGGAUGGUCCUCGGGAUCGUUCAACGGUACCAAUUGGCUGGCAGUCAAGAAAUUGCCCGCACUGAAAGGGAAGCUCACUACCCCUGACGGCCCACCAGUCAGGAGGGUUGAGGAGGUUAAGCCUCAAAGAAUCUUCAAGUCCCCGUCAAACAAAACGCUCCUCGAUUUCGGUCAGAACGUGGCUGGUAGGCUUAGGAUUUCGGUAUCCGGGCCGAGAGGCACAAACAUCACUUUCCAUCAUGCCGAAGUCUUAGAAAAUGGUGAACUUGCGCUUCGGCCACUGCGCUUUGCCAAAGCCACCGACUCGUUUAUUCUGAACGGCAAUGGUAUCCAAACUUGGGAGCCACGGUUCACUACGCACGGCUUUCGGUAUGCACAGGUGGACGGGUGGCCGGAGACAUCGACACCGCUGGACGGAAAUUCCAUCACAGCCGUCGUUGUGCACAGUGACAUGGAACACACUGGCUGGUUUGAUUGCUCCCAUGCGCUCCUCAAUAAAUUCCACCAGAACGUCCUAUGGUCAAUGAGAGGCAACUUCAUUUCUAUCCCGACGGAUUGCCCGCAACGCGAUGAGAGAUUGGGGUGGACUGGAGAUGCACAUGCCUUUGGGCCUACUGCUGAUUAUCUCUACAAUACUGCUGGGUUCUGGCGAAGCUGGCACCGCGAUGUUUGGUCUGAGAUGCAGGUAAACGGAUCAAUGAGUGUACCACCCUUUGUCCCUAUUGUUCCGCCAAACGCAGACUCGAAGCAGGGAGCUGCGGCUGUCUGGGGCGAUGUCACCGUUGCUGGGCCAUAUAACCAUUAUCAAGCUUAUGGGGACCUGGAUAUACUCGCAGAGCAGUUUGCGCAGGCCCGGGGCUGGAUCGAUACUGGUAUCCCUCGUGAAGAUACUGGCCUUUGGGAUAGAGACAGCUUUCAGUACGGGGACUGGCUGGACCCGAAGUCACCCCCAGACAACCCGGGUGAUGCCACCACGGCCACCCACCUUGUUGCCGACGCCUAUUUAGUGCGAAUGACCGAGCUUCUUGUCAAUAUCUCCUCUGCCCUUGGCCAUGAUGACUUGGCGACAAAGUACCGUGAACAGCACACCAACUUGGUCGAUGAGUUCCGGAAGGCAUGGCUGACGGAUGGUGCGAUGGCAAACCAGACUCAAACAGCAUAUGCUUUGGGGUUGCACUUCGGCCUUUUUACAACCGAAGAGGAGCGAUCCGCAGCCGGUGAUACCCUGCGCAGCAUAAUCGCUGACAAUGACUACCUCGUUGGCACUGGCUUCGCGGGCACCCCUCCCCUAGGAUUUGCUUUGGCUGAGAUUGGCGCUACAGACGACUUCUACAGCAUGCUCCUUCAAACAAAGGUCCCGUCGUGGCUAUAUCAAGUGGUCCAGAAUGGAACUACGACGUGGGAACGCUGGGACAGCCUCUUGCAGAAUGGGUCUGUCAACUCUGGCGAAAUGACAAGUUUCAAUCACUAUGCCUUUGGGUCUGUUGCGGAUUGGAUUCACCAAGUUAUUGGGGGCCUUGCUCCUGCGGAGCCUGGGUGGAAAAAGAUAAAGAUUGCGCCCGUUCCGGGAGGUAAUAUUACCAGUGCCAAGUCUCGCUUUAUCAGUCCCUAUGGUGAAGUCAGUGCCAGGUGGGAGCUGAAUGGGGAUAGCUUUGACUUGGAGGUCACCGUUCCACCCAACACAAACGCUGUCAUUACAUUGCCGUAUGGGAAUGUGACGAGAGAGGUUGGGUCGGGGCAAUAUAAAUUCCAAGCAUCCAGGUAG